AUGGCUCGUCAGACUGAAGUGGUGUUGCUUCUUAUUGUCACCAUCGCAGCAACAGCUUUUGCUGAUGUGGAGAAACCUCUUUCAGUGGAUUAUUUUGAUCAGCUAGUAAAAGUAAUGCCACUGCUCUUCUCUUCUUUUCAGAAUCACUGUCUGAAAUUUGGCUCAAACAUGAUGUCAGUGCACAACAACAAUGAGUACCAGCUGGCAAAGUCCCUUAUCCGUGCUUAUGACCCCAAGGACCCCCCAACUUGGCUUGGCCUCUCUAACUGUCAGAAGAGGCACAACUGGUUUUGGUCUGAUGGCACCAAAGUGACUUUCACCAAGUGGAACCCAACUGAGCCAAAUUUUCGAAAUAACGAGUGCUGUGUGCAUAUGAACUGGGGAGGGCAGAAGGACUGGAAUGACAUUCCAUGUGAGGAGACCUAUCCUUUUGUGUGUGCCAAGAAAAUUAACUGA